CGCUACGAAUGCCAGUGCCAUUGUCAAAGUCAUCGGCUUAGGUUGUACCGACUUAUAGUCGCGUUAAUUGAAAGGCCCCCAAUCCGUCAAAACGCGCCUUAUCAACGUCGUUGUCACGGCUCAACAGCUCCGCUGACAGGUCCUGAUUAAUUUCGGCUUAUCAAAAACCGCAAAAUGUCGUCGUCCUCGCUACGGUUCUGUGCCAAUUUGAACUUUAUGUUCACCGAGUGUGGCGACCUGCUGGGUCGGUACGCGCUGGCCAAGGCCGCCGGAUUCACCGGUGUCGAGGGGCCCUUCCCGCCGGACCAGGUCAGCGUGGAGCAGCUGGUGAAAGUGCGCCAGGAAACCGGUCUCGAGCAGGUGUUGAUGAACAUUGCGCUGGGUGACGCCCCCGAGGGACAGUUUGGAUGUGCGGCCAUUCCCGGGCAAGAGGCCAACUUUAGGGCGAAUCUGGAGCGGACAGUCAAGUACGCCAAGGCGGUCAAUUGCAAAAAAAUCCACAUCAUGGCCGGCAAGCUGGCGUGCGCUCCCUCGGCGGAGCACGAUUCAACCUACGUCCAGAACCUCAAGACUGCCGCAUCGCUUUUGGAGCAAAACAACAUUCUGGGCGUAAUCGAGCCCAUCAACAAGUACGCCCUUCCCGGAUACUACCUUGCAUGCUAUGAGAAAGCGAUUGAUGUCCUCCAGCAGGUCAACAGUCCCAACCUGAAGCUCAUGUUCGACAUCUACCACGCGCAGCACAUCCGGGGUGACAUCAGCAAUGGGAUCCGCGAGUACGGGUCUUUCAUCGGGCAUGUGCAGCUGGCGCAGGUCCCCGGCCGGCACGAACCGGACUCCGAGGGUGAACUGAACUACGCGUACGUGCUGGGCCAGCUCGAGGCGAACGGUUACGGCGACUGGGUUGGCUGCGAGUACAAACCCAGGGGAAAAACCGAGGAAGGUCUCGGCUGGUUACGUACCUUUGGCUACUGGAAUCGAUGAGAGCCCGCGGGGAGGGCAAGGUCAGCGGAAGUUGCGAGAACAAAUAGAAAGUUGUUGUCUUUAUUGAUUUAUGGAUGCGAAUAAAAGUUUUUUAGGAAAGUUGAUUGAAAAUGUA